AUGGUGAACAACAGGAAGGUUUUUCCAUCAGGCUGCGCGCGAAAGCCUGGGCGGUUUAAGCGAGCCCGCGCGGGGAAAGGUGCGGUUGUUGUGUUCUUCAGUUGGAGCGGCGCGUGGCCUCUGGAGGGAAAAGGCCGGUUCUGCUCUAUUGGGAUUCAACCUAAAAACACACAAAUGAAUUCCAGGGCGAAGCAGAAAUUGGAUGCUCAGGAGCCCACUACUACAAAGGCUUCUAGAAGUAAUACCAACUGCACAUCACAGAGACAGACUCUGAAGAUGAUACAGCCAUCCAUUACAGGUUGUCUUGUUGGCCGAUCAAAUGAGCAGGCCAAACCAUCAAUCAAGAGGAAACUUUGGAGUGAUCAGACAAUCUCAAAGACUUCCAAACCUGAAUCCGUUGUUGAAAAGGAAUACACAAACACAAGUAGAGAUCUCCAGGCUUCUGAUCUUACAACAAAAGGCAAUCCUUCACCUCAGUACUGGAAGGAGCUGGCUGAACAGCGGAGGAAAGCUCUGUAUGACGUGUUGCAAGAAAAUGAAAAGCUGCAUAAAGAAAUAGAGUUAAAAGAAGGUGAAAUUGUCCAUCUAAAAGAAGAGAACAAAGAGCUUAUGGAACUAGCAAACCAUGUACAAUAUAUGGCGAACAUGAUUGAGCGAUUAACUGGACAGGCACCAGAAAACCUAGAAGCACUGAAAAAUCUAGACUUGGAAGAUAUUACAUAUGAAGAAAAUGACUCCACAGAGGAAGAUCUAGAUGACACUACAGGGGAACACUCGCAGCUUUCCAGCAGUACUACAGAGGGUAUUGUGGACCUGCCCACAGAUGGAAUAAAUAAUCUGUGAAAAAUUUGGGCUCUGAAGAGGAUUAUGAACUACCAUCUUUGUGUGUUGGGGUAGGGAAAAGGUGAAAUUCUCUGAAAACUAAAGAUUCACUUAGAGUCAGAAGGUGAGUCUUGGUUAGUAAUGUAUAUCAUUGCAAGUAACUGUCCUGUCUAAAGUGUUAGACUCUAUCUUACCUUGUGAUUAAAUAGAAAUACUAUGUAUUUCAGCUUGUAAAUAGUGUUUUAUUCAUCUGAUAUGAGAUAUAUAUAACUGCCAAAUAAACAUAUCUUCAUAGUA